UUCCCUCUCUUCCCCCUCUCUCUCUCUCCAUCCUCACCACACCUCUCCCUCUCUUCCCUCUAUCCUCUCUAUUCCUCCGCCCCUCCAUAUCCCACGAUGCCUUGCCCCAGGCCACUGCGCUAGGCCCCAGCAGUAUGGGCAGAGCCUGGGAGGGGAGAGAGAGCUCUGAUUGGUCCAGGUCGGAUCCCCCUUCCUUUGCUUUCAAUGGGGGAGGACACCGAGAGCUCCAAAGUCAACCACAGCUUCCUGCGAGACUACGUCACCGAAGCUGAUGUAAUCUCUACAGUGGAGUUCAACCACACAGGAGAUCUGCUGGCUACGGGGGACAAGGGAGGCAGAGUCGUCGUCUUCCAGAGAGAGACCGUGGUUGGUCACAAGCCUAAAGGGGAGUUGGAGCAGGUGGGGGAGACGGGUGAGUCGGGGGAGUAUAAUGUGUACAGUACCUUCCAGAGCCACGAGCCUGACUUUGACUACCUGAAGAGUCUGGAGAUCGAGGAGAAGAUCAACAAGAUACGAUGGCUGCCUCAACAGAACGCCGCCCACUUCCUGCUCUCCACCAACGAUAAGACCAUCAAGCUGUGGAAGGUGAGUGAGCGAGACAAGCAACCGGAGGGCUACAACCUGAAAGAUGAGGAGGGCAGGGUGAAGGAUAUCUCUACAGUCACAUCACUACAGGUUCCUGUGUUGAGACCUACAGACCUGAUGGUGGAGGUACGUCCUAGGAGGGUGUUCUCCAAUGGGCAUACCUACCAUGUUAACUCCAUAUCGGUCAACAGUGACGGAGAGACCUACCUGUCAGCUGAUGACCUGAGGAUCAACAUGUGGCAUCUGGGGAUCACAGACCGCAGCUUCAACAUAGUGGACAUCAAGCCAGCCAACAUGGAGGAGCUAACAGAGGUGAUAACAGCAGCAGAGUUUCAUCCUCACCACUGUCACCUGUUUGUCUACAGUAGCAGUAAAGGAUCUCUACGUCUCUGUGACAUGAGGGCCUCGGCACUUUGCGACAAACACACCAAACUCUUUGAGGAACCAGAGGACCCAGGAAGUCGUUCAUUCUUCUCUGAGAUCGUGUCGUCGGUGUCGGAUGUGAAGUUCAGUCACAACGGGCGGUACCUGCUGACCAGGGAUUACCUGACGGCCAAGGUGUGGGACUUACACAUGGAGAAAGGCCCCGUCGAAACCUACCAGGUUCAUGACUACCUGAGGACUAAGCUGUGCUCUCUGUACGAGAACGACUGUAUAUUUGACAAGUUCGAGUGUGUCUGGAACAGCUCCGACAGUGUGAUAAUGACUGGGGCGUACAACAGCUUCUUCCGGAUGUUUGACAGGGAGACGGGGCGGGGCGUGACCCUGGAGGCGUGGCGAGAGACCAGUAAGCCUCGAGCUGUACUGCGGACGCGACGGAUCUACACCGGGGGCAAACGUCGUCGCGGCGACGUGGGGGUGGACAGUCUGGACUUCACUAAGAAGAUCCUCCACAUGGCCUGGCACCCCGAGGAGAACAUCAUCGCCAUAGCCUCCACCAACAACCUCUACAUCUUCCAGGACCGGGUCAGCCCCGACACACAGGGUCCAGACCUGGGUUCAAAUACCAUUUAGCACCGGGUCAGCCCCGACACACAGGGUCCAGACCUGGGUUCGAAUACCAUUUAGCACCGGGUCAGCCCCAAUACACAGGGUCCAGACCUGGGUUCAAAUACCAUUUAGCACCGGGUCAGCCCCAAUACACAGGGUCCAGACCUGGGUUCAAAUACCAUUUAGCACCGGGUCAGCCCCAAUACACAGGGUCCAGACCUGGGUUCAAAUACCAUUUAGGUCCAUUUUGGGUCCAGACACAGGAUUGAGAAGUAGUCGUUAAACGCAUGUGCACACACACACACACACUGAGAUCAGUCUAUAAGAUGAAUGAGUUGGACAGGCCUGAGAUCAGUCUAUAAGAUGAAUGAGUUGGACAGGCCUGAGAUCAGUCUAUAAGAUGAAUGAGUUGGACAGGCCUGAGAUCAGUCUAAAAGGAGAAUUAGUUGGACAGGCCUGAGUUCGCUAUCUAAGGUGUCUGAAGACAGAGGAAGGUGGUGUGUGUGUGUGUGUGUGUGUGUGUCCCAGACCGCAGUGACUCAGUGUGUGGAUCCAAUCACUGUUUAUAUUGUUAUUUUAGUCAACAGCACGUCACUAGACGUCCCGUUUAAUGGAUUCCCUUUAUGAUCACAACACCUCAGCACACCUGGAUACACAGGACACCUUUACACACACCUGGUGAGAGUGGACACUUCUGGACACCUUUACACACAGCUGGUGAGAGUGGACACUUCUGGACACCUUUACACACAGCUGGUGAGAGUGGACACUUCUGGACACCUUUACACACAGCUGGUGAGAGUGGACACUUCUGUACACCUUUACACACCCAUCUAGACACCUGGUGACUCAUCUGGAUUAAUCUAGACACCUGGUGACCCAUCUGGAUUAAUCUAGACACCUGGUGACCCAUCUGGACACAUCUAGACACCUGGUGACCCAUCUGAAUUAAUCUAGACACCCAUCUGGAUUAAUCUAGACACCUGGUGACUCAUCUAGACACCUGGUGACGCAUCUGGAUUAAUCUAGACACCUGGUGACCCAUCUGGAUUAAUCUAGACACCUGGUGACUCAUCUAGACAACUGGUGACCCAUCUGGAUUAAUCUAGACACCUGAUGACUCAUCUGGACACAUCUAGACACCUGGUGACACAUCUGGACCCAUUUGGACACCUGGUGACUCAUCUGGAUUAAUCUAGACACCUGGUGACCCAUCUGGAUUAAUCUAGACACCUGGUGACCCAUCUGGAUUAAUCUAGACACCUGAUGACUCAUCUGGACACAUCUAGACACCUGGUGACCCAUCUGGACCCAUCUAGACACCUGGUGACUCAUCUGGAUUAAUCUAGACACCUGGCGACCCAUCUGGAUUAAUCUAGACACCUGGUGACCCAUCUGGACACAUCUAGACACCUGGUGACCCAUCUGAAUUAAUCUAGACACCUGGUGACCCAUCUGGAUUAAUCUAGACACCUGGUGACUCAUCUAGACACCUGGUGACGCAUCUGGAUUAAUCUAGACACCUGAUGACACAUCUGGACCUAUCUAGACACCUGAUGACUCAUCUGGAUUAAUCUAGACACCUGGUGACCCAUCUGGAUUAAUCUAGACACCUGGUGACCCAUCUGGACACAUCUAGACACCUGGUGACCCAUCUGAAUUAAUCUAGACACCUGGUGACCCAUCUGGAUUAAUCUAGACACCUGCUGACUCAUCUAGACACCUGGUGACCCAUCUGGACACAUCUAGACACCUGGUGACACAUCUGGACCCAUCUAGACACCUGGUGACACAUCUGGAUUAAUCUAGACACCUGGUGACCCAUCUGGAUUAAUCUAGACACCUAGUGACACAUCUAGACACCUGGUGACUCAUCUGGAUUAAUCUAGACACCUGGUGACCCAUCUGGAUUAAUCUAGACACCUGGUGACCCAUCUGGAUUAAUCUAGAAACCUGGUGACCCAUCUGGAUUAAUCUAGACACCUGGUGACUCAUCUGGAUUAAUCUAGACACCUGGUGACCCAUCUGGACACAUCUAGACACCUGGUGACCCAUCUGGAUUAAUCUAGACACCUGGUGACACGUGGACACUCCUGGACAAGCUGAUCCUAGAUCUGUGCCUAAGAGCAACUUCUACCCCAAGCUACUAAAUCACUUAUGCUUCCAUCCAUCCACUCAUACAGGCCCAAAUUGACCUUUUUUUCCCUAUAUAGUGCACUACUUUUGACAUGGGACCAUAAGGCUCUGGUCAGAAGUAGUGCCCUAUAAAGGUUGAUCAUAUUCUCAUGUCUGUCUGUCUGUCUGUCUGUCUAUGUCUGUCUGUAACCUAGUUAUCUCAGUGGUCAACCCUUACAUAGAGUCAUAGCUAUGUAGUGAGACUAUGCAGGAUUUUGUUCCUGACUACCACCAACACACUUUGAAUAUAGCUAAUCAAGUGGGUUAGUGCAGGGCUGGAACUAAAGCCUGCACAGCUUGUAAUGAUGGUCUUCUAGGGUUGGUGGCCACUGGUUUUAAGGGGCAAUCUGGGACUGAUGGUCUUCUAGGGUUGGUGGCCACUGGUUUAAAGGGGCGAUCUGGGACUGAUGGUCUUCUAGUGUUGGUGGCCACUGGUUUAAAGGGGCAAUCUGGGACUGAUGGUCUUCUAGGGUUGGUGGCCACUGGUUUAAAGGGGCGAUCUGGGACUGAUGGUCUUCUAGUGUUGGUGGCCACUGGUUUAAAGGGGCAAUCUGGGACUGAUGGUCUUCUAGUGUUGGUGUCCACUGGUUUAAAGGGGUAAUCUGGAGUUCCGCCACAUCACACCGCUUGAGUUCCCUCUCUCCUCCAAUCAUACACAGUAGUGUAGUGACGUCAGCGCGGCAACCUCACGGCUAACCAAUCAGUAAGAGUGUUGCUGCGCUGUGGUUAGGACCAUUGCAACAGUAGCAUGUUAUCCAGUGUUACUGUCGUUGUAUAUCUAUCAUACCUGUAUAACUAACAGUUAUCUGAACACUCCAAAUGAACACUUGAUGAAGGAAUGUGUAUAACAAAAUAAAUUAAAUAAUAUGAAUCUGA